AUGCGGCCAGAGACGAUGGCGAGUCUUGCGACGAACGAGGCGAACCACGAGGAGCUGGUCCAGGCGGAAGCCAUCCCGAGCUUGGUUGGCGUGCUUACCACUGGCACCCCUGACACCCAAGCCUUUGCUGCAGGGACUUUGGAACAUCUCGCGAUCCGGAAGGAGUGUCAGACAGACAUCCUCGCGGCUGGUGCUGUUGAGCCUCUGGUCCUCCUCCUGUCAACUGGCACGGCGAAAGCCAAGGAGAACGCUGCUGGAGCUCUCGGCAACCUAGCGGUGAAUGGUGACAAGAUAAGCUGGGAAUGCUGA